AUGGAGGAUUCUACCUAUCAUCUUCAGAGACUCCAUUGCUCCGUUAAGAACUACGAUUGGGGUCUCCCAGGUAGUGUCUCCCAGGUUGCCAGACUCCACGCGCUCAACUCCGCCUCCCAAUUCAACGCGGACGACCCUUACGCCGAGCUUUGGAUGGGUACCCACGAUUCAGGCCCUUCUUUCUUGGCCUCCAAUGGGGUCUCCCUUAAGUCCUGGAUUUCCGACAACCCUGAUGUGCUCGGCGACCAGGUUCUUGUCAAAUGGGGUUCUGAUCUCCCGUUCUUGUUCAAGGUGCUGUCUGUGGGGAAGGCUUUGUCUAUUCAGGCUCACCCUGAUAAGGAGUUGGCUAGAAUUCUGCAUAAGCUGCACCCGGAUUUGUAUAAAGAUGGGAAUCACAAACCUGAGAUGGCUCUUGCAAUCACUAAUUUUGAGGCUCUUUGUGGAUUCAUCACUCUCAAGGAGCUCAAGGGGGUACUUCAUUCUGUUCCUGAAAUUGUGGAACUGAUUGGUGCUACAAAUACGAACCUGGUCUUACAAACUAGUGAUAAGGAUGAUGAAGAAAAGGUGAAACCUGUUUUGCGGGCAGUGUUCACCCAUCUCAUGUCAGCUAGUAAAGAGAGAGUAACUGAUGCAGUAAACAGAUUGACAAGUCGUCUGCUUAAGGAGAAUAAGGUGAGGCAGUUGACAGAUAAAGAGCAGCUGGUUCUGCGGUUGGAAAUGCAAUACCCAGCUGAUGUUGGUGUCAUAGCAGCCUUCUUUCUCAACCUUGUAAAACUCAAACCCGGUGAAGCUUUGUUCCUGGGGGCAAACGAACCACACGCUUAUUUAUACGGAGAGUGCAUUGAAUGCAUGGCAACUUCUGACAAUGUUGUGCGAGCUGGCCUCACUCCCAAACUCAGAGAUGUCCAGACCCUUUGUUCUAUGCUCACUUACAAACAGGGUUCUCCUGAGAUCUUGCCUGGAGUUUCUCUUAAUCAAUAUGUAAGUAGAUAUACCCCACCAUUUGAGGAAUUUGAGAUUGAUCAUUGUAUUCUUCCUCAAGGGGAAACAGUAGUGUUCCCAGCAGUUCCAGGUCCUUCCAUCUUUUUGGUGACUGUUGGGAAAGCAAAGAUGAAUACAGGAUCACCCAAAGGCCAUUUAGUCACCGAAGGUGAUGUGUUUUUUGCAGCGGCCAACACUGAGAUAAGUAUUACUAGCGCAUCCGAGUUGCAUAUGUACAGAACAGGGGUAAAUAGCAAGGUUUUUCAUGCUUCCAAAUCUACACAAGGGGAGUGA